CAAGAUGGCGAACAUCAUUGACGAACACGUUUUGCAGGCGUCUCAGCCAGACGAGAUGUCAGAAGAAGCUGAAAAUGAGGGAGAUGAAGGGGAGGAGGACAUGGAGGAGGAAGAUUCGGGAUCCAGCGAUGAUGAUGAUUUGGAAGAAACAGCUAUUAAAGAGCUGGAAUCUCAGGUCUCAUCCAAUCCAUAUGAAUACAAUGGUCACAUUGAACUGAUUAAGCUUCUGCGGAGGGCUGGAGAGUGGGACCGGCUUUGUCACGCCUACCAGCGCAUGAGUGACCUCUUCCCUCUCACAGCAGAGUUGUGGCUGGGUUGGAUCAAGGAUCAAUCAGCUUGUACCCGACUCGACGGAAGAGAAGAGGUCUACAAGUUAUUUGAGAGGGCGGUCAUGGAUUAUGUGUCUCCAGACGUGUGGCUUGAAUACGGUCAGUUCAGCAUCGGCGGUAUUGGGACACCAGAGGGCAUCGAGAAGGCGCGCAGCGUCUUUGAGCGAGCGAUCGCUGCUGUUGGCUUACACGUCACCCGGGGCAGCGAAGUGUGGGAGGUGUAUCGGGAGUUUGAGAAUGCUCUGCUCAGGAACUGGCAGACAGAGAGAGUGUCUGCCAUCUUUAGGCGACAGCUGUCCGUACCGCUCAUGGACAUGGAAGACACGUACAAGGAAUAUGAGAGCUGGCUUAGCGAGCCUGUGUCUGAAAACGUCAGAAAAGCGUACGAGAAAGCCUUCGCCCAACUCAAGAAACGUGAACCUCACGAGCAGCAGCUGCUGAAAGCAGAGCCUCCCGUUUUCGCAGUCUACCAACCCUACUUGGAGUACGAGAGAAGAGAGGGCAAUCCAGCACGUAUUCAGUGUCUGUACGAGCGGGCGUUGACCGAUAACUGCCUACAGAUCGAGCUGUGGAAGGACUACACCAAGUACCUCGACUCUGAAUUGAAGGUAAAAAGCGUCGUUUUGCCUGUCUAUGCCAGGGCUGUCAGGAACUGUCCUUGGUCUUCGGAGCUCUGGAUUGGAUACCUGGUGACCAUGGAGAGAUAUCAGGAACCACACAGUACUAAACCUUUUGAGAAGGCCCUCGGUGCCGGCUUCUCAUCUGCCUCCGAGUAUCUGCAGCUGUGGCAAACACACAUCGACUACUUGAGAAGGAGGAUAGACUGGGGCUCCGAGCACGAAGAAGAGUUAUCGCAGCUCAGAGCAACCCUUGAGAAAGCGGGGGAACACUUAGCAACCUAUUUUGGUGUGGACGGGGACCCAGUCCGCAGCCUUCAACAGUACUCGGCUAGAAUGGAGGCCAAACACUGUGGCAACAUGGAGGCAGCCAGAUCACAGUGGAACGAGAUCAUGGCGCUGGGUCAUGCAAACGAAGCACAGAUGUGGCUGGAAUACGUCAAUCUGGAGAGAUCUUAUGGCGAUGCCAAGCACUGCCGGAAGAUCCUCCACCGUGCUGUCGCAGCCGUCAGCGAUUACCCGGAAUGCCUCUUUGAGGCGCUGAUCAAUUUUGAACGGGAGGAGGGCACCUUUGAGACGUGGGAGAAUGCCCUAAAGAGGGUGGAGACGCAGAUGGUCAGGGUCAGUGAGAUGAGGUCAAAGCAGGCUGCCAAGGACCAACAGGAGACCGUCCAAGAAUCAAGCAGAAAACCGGCAGGUGCCAAGAUCAAAGGCAACAAAGGGAAGCAGAGAGGGCAAGAUGACAGGAGGCAAGACAGAAAUGUCAAAGCAGUGAAGAGGAAACAUUCCGAUGAAAAACCCCAGAAGCCUGUCACCUUCCUCGCUGCCGGAGACUCUCCCAAAUCACAGGAUGGAGGAGAGGAAGUCUUCAAGAUGCCCCUCCCACCCCCCCCGCCAAACAAGACCGCCUCCCCAGUGAAGUCAGCCAGCAGUCAGCCCGGCCCAACCCCUCCCAAGCAGGCCAAAACCAGCAUAGCUCCUCUCAAGCAAGCUAAAGAGGAGGAGGCGAGCGGCCAAUCACAGCCGGGCGUGAGGUGGGGUCCGCCCCCAAAGCAGAAACCCGCCCGUGACCCCAGCAAAGAUCACCUGACCAUAUUCGUCAAGAACCUCUCCUACGAGACGACGGAGAAGCAGAUCAGAAGCCUCUUUGUGGAGUGUGGUGAAAUUACAGAGGUCAGGAUGGUGGAGAACUAUCGUCACCAGUUCCGAGGGUAUUGCUACGUGGAGUUCCAGGAAGAAAGUUCAGUUGAGAAAGCACUGAAGAUGGACAGACAGUCUGUGGAGGGCCGUCCAAUGUACGUGGAUCGCUCAAUGGAUAAAUCUACCACAGAAACCAAGAAAACAUUCCAGUAUGCGAUGAAGAUGGAAAAGAACAAGCUCUUUGUGUCCGGAUUGCCGCGGUCAGCCACUGCCAAACAGCUACAGGAGCUCUUUGGCCAGUAUGGCAAGAUACAAAACCUCCGAAUUGUGACCUAUCGUAGUGGCGUCCCAAAAGGUUUGGCAUACGUCGACUUUGAACAAGAGUCGGAUGCAGCCCGGGCCGUUGUAGGAGCAGACAGCACUGUCAUGGAUGGACACACCAUCAGCGUUGCCAUUAGCAACCCGCCAGCACGGAAACCAAAGAAAGAGGACAAAGAGGAGGCGGCAAGUGAAGUGGCCGAGUCCCCCUACCCUCCCAAGUCCCUCGGAGCAAAGGGCGUUGUGGGUCCACGGGGUAAGGGUCGCACCCAGCUGUCGCUAGUGCCGAGAGCACUGCAGAGGACGCCAGCACCUAAGACCCAACAAAGCCCCAAGACAGCAGGUCAGCGAGAGGGGGUGACAAGCCAGGUGACAGAAGGGAAGCCGCAAGCCCAGACAACAGGAAAGAUGAGCAACGCUGACUUUGCCAAAAUGCUGUUGAAGAAAUAAGAAAUGAGCCACGAGUAGGUCGGUGAAUGACCUAACUUCAAAGAAAAAAAGCUGGUCUUUUUAGGUUUUUACCGUUCUCACAAGGUGACAAACUGUACAAAUAGCAGCCUCCAAGCUGAAAAAAAACUGUUGGCUUCUUUUUUUUCCUUUCCUCCCGGGUUUCAAAUGAGAAACAAGCCCCAUCCCUUUGCGAAUGGUCAAAUUUGUGUCUUUCAGUCUUGGUGGCAGUAUCUCUCAAGCCUGGCUCUGUUGUAGCCUUCAUAUCAUGUUAGUCACUUUCUAGAACUGCUCCAUGCAUUGCAGUAGAAAAACUAGGACAGUGGAUGUCAGCAAAACACACACACUGUAAGGAAUGCCAAGCUAAGCACCCUCCAAUGCAAUCCAUAUAGACUCUUUGCUGGUAAGGUAUGCAUGGUGGAUCCAAAGCCAACACGGGGGGGGGGGCUUUCUGUGGAGGGGAGCAAAAAUUGACAAAAGAAAAAAUCAUAUAAUUUUUUGACAGCCUUUUUUAGGAGGCUGCAUUUUGGGUUUUGACCCACUUUCUGGAAGAAGGAAAAAUGAAAUCAACCCAAGAAACUUUUAACUUUUUACAGUUUUUUUCUAAAAUUAGUUUUAACCCAGGCUCCCUCUAGGGAGGGCAUGGCCACCAUUGCUUCCCCGCCCCAUCCACACCUGAAGGUAUGGCAUCCUCUGAUGCCCUUGUGUGGAGGGUAUUGGCAUGUCUGGAGCACCAGCCCAAAAUGACAGCAAGAGAACAAAGGGGUUGAACAUUGACUUACAAGGUCAGAAAGGACUCGUUUGAAAAGCAUGUGCCAGGGACUUGGUCUGGCACACUCAAAAGGUCUUGUAAAUUACAAGCGUUCCAUCUUCUACACUGGACAUUCUUCUCGUUGCAAUUCAAAAUAUACUCCAGAUAUUUCUCACAACCUCUUUUAUUUGGCAUUUAUUUGACACGGCAUAUGACAAGAAAAGGGUUAAGUGUUGCCAGCAGUUGUUCUCUAAGAGAACGUUAAGCUGACACUAAGAAAGUAAAAGUCGAUUGCAAGGUUUUUUUUCAAUUGUAAAAGCAAAAGCGUAAGGUUGCAAACAAUAUAAACUGCUCCAUAUUUUAAUUUUAUGCGUUUUUAAUGUAUAAACUCACCUGCCAUGCAAAGAUGAGUGUACAUGAGUUCAUUAGAAAUGUAUUUAUAUCAUUUCAGCUCUGAAAGCAUAGUUUGGUGGUGUUUUUGUUUUCAUCGUGGAGAUGAAAGUCGUAGAACUUAAAAGGUUUCUUUCCGAGGGAAAAACAAGAUUUUUGUAUCUCUCUCCGGUUUUACGUUUAUUGCCUGUGGCCUUGUCUCACUGGUUAAAAUUUGAUCUGUACCAGUGACAUGGAAUUCAAAGCAAAAUGGUAAGAUGCCUUUCAACAUUUAAAUCAACUGUUUAGCUUAUUUCAAAAUAAACAUCAGCUUUAGGUUUGUCUGACUUUGUUUUGUGCUUAAACAUUACUUAACUUCUGCCUGAAAUUCAAAGUGUAUUUUUUUUUACCCAAUUUGUUUUUGUAUGGCUUUACAUUAUGUAAUGCACAGCACCAGUACGAGAUUCCAUUUGGCAUGACUUUCUUGUAUUGUAUUCACAACUGUUUUUCAGACGGAAAGUCAAAAGAAGUCCAAUAUUAUUAAAAUAAAUGACUUUGCCAAACAA